UCGUCAUAAUUCUUCGAAGGGGGAAAAUAAUACGACAAAACUGUCAGAGGACGGGAGAUGUGCACUUGACAGCGCGCGUCUUAUCGAUCUCCUCUAUUCUAAGAAUCUCUAUUCUAAAUUCUCCCCUCUAUUUCAAGUCAGCUGUUUUUUCCCCUAAAUUGAUUGAUUCUUCUCUCCUACUUUUCGACCGCUUAAGGUCCCUUUCCCUUUCUGUAUACGAAAAUAAUUACAUCGAAAUUGAUUGUAGAAUUGUCCUGAUUGUCCUUCUUUUAUCUAAUAAACACAGCUAAACUGAGAAAUUUUCCCUAAUGUAAUAUCUGUAUAAUCUAUCUGUAGUGAAGAGCUAAGAAGUUGAAAUUUUCUGUUGAUUUUUUGAAUGAAAACUUGUCACUUUUCAACAUGGACAAAUAUAAUUCUCUUGGAUUUAGUAAGCACACCGAGACAUUAUUACGUGGUUUAGGAGGAUCUGAUUUAAUAAAGGAAUUUAAAAGAAAAGAUAUAUCUACUGAUGUUUUGCAUAAAUUAACAAAGGAAGAUUUCAUACGACUUGGUGCUGAUGAACAUCUUGCAGAAAACAUGUUUCGUGCUCUAUAUAUUUCAAAGGAAAAGAUUCCAAAUAUGAAGUUAAAGCCUCAUCAAAGGAUUUCUGAUAAAAUAGAAAUAUUGAAAAUAGGAAAGAGACAGUUUGAUGUAAUUCAAGCUUUUGUAGCAUACUGUAGAGUUAAGUUACAAAAAAAAAGAAUCAAUUCUUUUAUUGAAUCUGAUGAAGCCUUAAGUGCUUCCAAAGUUCUAUGUCUUGCCGCUGAUUCUAUUCUUAAGGAAGUUAAUGAAGCUGAAUUAAAAUUGAAAGAACUGGAAGCUGUGAUAAUUAUGCCUAAAAAUAGCAGAAAGUAUUCUUAUGUGUCAUAUAGCAUUCCAAUCGGUGGAUUAUGCAUUGCAACAUAUAUAUUAUUCAACAAAUUUUUGAAAUAAAAAGUUUUAUAGGAUGAUGCACAAGAUAUUAUAUGUAUAACUAUAUUAUUAUAUAGAUUGUAAGUUAUUAUUUUUUUAGAAAAAAAUGUUCUUUUGGAAAUAUAUAAGAUAAA